ACUUUUAUGGUGAAUUAUUAUCAUGCAUUCUAAGAAGUUAGAAACUUUCUUGGUAUUAUUGUAUAUUUUUCAUUACGGACAUGCAGAUACAACAGUAUUGUCAUCUCCAAGUUAUUCGAAGCCACCAGUUACAAACGACCAAAAUGAAGCAACAACUGAAAAUUUGUCAAAUGUAACUGUAACUCCAACGAAUUCAGCUGCUGGUAAUAUUACCAUUGGGAAAGGAGUAUAUGUGUUUGCUUCUGGUUCAAACCUCUCAAUCACCUGUACUUACAAGCGUCAGACUACCUUCAGCAAUGCCGAUAUACAAAAAUUGGCAUUUUAUGACAACUUUAACAACAAAUUUGAUACUAACAGAGGAUUCACACAGGACCCCAAGAUGAAGGAUAUGUAUACUAUAACUGUAACCUUGAUGAAAGAAAAAGUUUCUCGCUCAGAUGCUGGAAAAUAUGUUUGUAAAUAUGAAGGUGUACCUGAUAUUCAUACAGAAGUUGUGGUAGUACACUUUACUACAACCCCUGAUGAGUACAACACCACUCUUGGCAAUAAACAAAACAACAAAUUGGAAUGCAAGUACACAAUAAGUCAAGAAAAUGUUACUGGAACAAGUCAAACAUUUCAAAUAGAACAGAAGUGGAAAAUGGGAGAUAACCUUGCAACCAGUGUUUCUGAUAGACACAAACUCAAUGGAAGCAGCAUACUCACAAUUGAAAAAGCAGAGUGGAGUGAUGUUGGCCCAUACACCUGUGAAGUGAAAUUAAUUUGGGGAAGUUCUUCGGCGAUCGUCUCUACAAUUGUUCCACUGAAAGGAGAACCAAAAAUUGGGAAAAUGGAUACCUCAAAGAAUGUAGUUCAGGAAGAUGAUGUAGAACUAAAAUGUCCGGUCACAGGCUUUCCCUACCCAACUAUUACUUGGAAAAAAGAUGGUCAGCCCCUCCCUCAAGACAGAAGAAUCUCACUGGCUGCUGCAGAUAAUAAAUAUGAAAAUGCCAUUCUGUACAUCAACAAUCUAGAGUUUGAAGAUAAGGGAGAAUAUACUUGUAAUGCAACCAAUGAGGUGAACCCAUCUGGAGUAGGGGCUACAAUCACACUACGGGUUAAAGACAAGUUUGCAGCUUUGUGGCCAUUCCUGGGAAUUGUAGCAGAGGUCAUUGUACUGUGCAUCAUUAUCUUUAUAUAUGAGAAAAAGCGAAGCCGUGAAAUGGAGGAUGAAGCUGAUGGCGGUGAUGAUAUUGCAAAUGCUGAUGACCACAAAGGAAAAGAUGUCCGAGAGAUUUUAAUUCAGGGAGAAGGGAUAAAAUGGUUCAAAGAAAACUCAUCAUUUGAGAUCUUUUGUUCAUACAGCAAUGGGCCAAUUUCUGAUGAUAUGUUGAAAUUUUUUGAUGUAUCUGGCAAUGAAUUGGCUGAGGACAGAGGUUUCUCGAGGACUGUCCUCAGCUCCACUCAGAAUCAGGUCAAUAUCUCUCUGGCCAAAGACAGGAUUCAAACCGAUGACAUUGGUAGAUACAUCUGUAGAUAUGGAAAUGGUCCAUCUAUAUAUGUCCAUGUUGCUGUUGUCCAAGUAAACACAACACCACAGAUGUUCAACCAAACAUUAGAACCCCAACAGGACUACACCAUUUCCUGUGUGUUCCGUGCUGUACUAGACAAUGAGACUAAAGAUAUGGUUGGGUCUUCAAAAGUGAAUUGGUUUAAAAACAACAUUGCAGCUGAACAAAUUUCAACCAGGCACAUUGCUAAUAAAAGCAUGCUGACCAUUAAAAAUGCAGUCUGGUCAGAUAUUGGACUCUAUAGCUGUGAUUAUACAGUUUCUUGGGGUACAAAUAGUACGUCUGUAAUACAUAGUACAGUGGCUUUUAAAGGAGAGGUGAGGAUCAAUGAGAGGAGUCUCCCGAAGUCGGUUAACCUGAUCCAGGAUGAGGACCUGGAACUGACUUGUCCAGUGUCCGGAUAUCCCUAUCCAGAUGUGACUUGGCAGAUUGAUGGGAUGAAUAUUAGCCCUGAUAACAGAAGAACUGUAUCAACAGACCCCACUCGAAAGUAUCAGAAUGCUGUAUUAAAGGUGUUUAAAGUGCAGUUUGAAGACCGGGGAAAAUAUACUUGCACAGGAAGUUCAGAUUUAAAUACAGUGACAUCAUCACUCAUCACUGUUAGAGUAAAGGACAAAUAUGCAGCUGUGUGGCCUUUUAUUGGAAUAGUUGUGGAAGUCAUUGUGUUGGGUCUUGUUAUUUUCUUAUGUGAGAAGAGGAGGAAACACAGAGAAGAACAGGCAGAGGCAAAUGCUGAACUAGAUAAUAUUGCAUCAAAACGAACUAGUGAGAAGAGACGUUCAGAUGUCCGACAAAGAAGCACCACGCAGUAAACAUCACUAACAGCUGUGAUAGACUUCAGCAAUAAACAUCACAAUCAAAUGUCAUGGAGACAUCAUAAUCAUAAUCAGCUGUGAUCAACUG